AUGGUGCAAGAUAUUGGUGUGGUGUAUGGCCAAAGCAUCGGAACCAAGCACACAAUUAUUGGAAAAAUGGCGCUGGAGACGCUGGAAAAUUUGAAGAAAAUGAAUGUUGAGGAUGAAAGAAAUCAUGGUGAAGAUUCAAUUGGAUGCGCGUCGUGGAGUCUGGAUGUUCGGAGAUCGAAAGUAGAUAGGGAUCGAAAUCGAUGA